UCUCUCUCCAUCUCCCUCGUCUGCAGCCGCCCUCCCCAUAGCCGCUACCACAACCGGCGCACUGCCCCAUAGCUGGCGCCCCCCACUCCUUCCCCCUCCCCUCAGGCUAUCCCCACCACUGACGACCUCCUUGCCUCCUCAGGCUCUGGCACGCCCAUGGCUCUGCUUCCCCCAUCGACCGGAGGAACGCAGACGGAGCACGCCGUCGCCAUCGCACAUUCUUCCUCCUCCGCUACCGGUCGUCUGCCCCUCCCCUCUUCUCCCCAUGGGAUAGCCAGGGGCCCACCUUGUGCUUGAGUCAUGGAGGGGCCGCCGGCGGGUGUGGAUGAGGAGAUCCACCACAGACAACCCGAGGUUAUUCGCCUGUCCAUGCUGCUAUUACAGAGGCGGACGCCGUGGCUGCCGUUUCAUCCGCACACGCAUUGGCCAUCCCAGAAUGUGACCCUAUGCGUGGUGGUGGGGUAUGAUCUGAUCAAGGUCUCCGAGCAGCUCUGCAAAUCAGACUUGGAUAUCCCGAUUAAAAGGUCAGUGCAGAAUCAUGUCUUACAAUUCCUACUGGCGCUAGCUCUUUAUUUAGAGAGUGAAUGUUUGCUCAGGGAUACAUUCAUAGAGUUCCUUAGCGCAAUGAUGUGUCACCUACAGGAAGAAACUGUAGUCAAGAAGAACGUGAUCAUUUGAUAAGUAUGAUAAGGUACAGGUCAUCUUGUAAGAACAAGUAGUUAGUUCUAAUAAGAAAGGGUAAAGAUCUAUUAGGAAAACAUGGAGCUGAGUCGACUCAUAUUGUUUAGGUACAUAACAUUCAGCCUGAAAUGGUGUUGGUGUUUCGCAAAAAGUUUGGCCACUUGAACCUGACUUUUUCUAUUGGAGAGCAGAUCAGUUCUGAUGUAAGUGUUGUACUGUUGAAAACUCAUAAAUAUCUUCUAGAAAUAUUCAGCUCGUUUCCUAUCACGUUGUAUUUGCUGAUUUAUGGUUGUUCGUAUAGUUGGCUAUAGACUACAUUUUUCUUGUCCUACACUUCCCUUUCCUCCAUGUUAAAGUUCGCAACAUGGAAAAUGUUCACAUGCUUGAUAUGUGCUUCCGUCCUUAUGCAGUGUAGAUUUAAAAAAUAUAAUGUUUUCUGAUUGUCAUUUAUUUCCUAUUUUUGAUUCAUGGAUGACAGUAAUCUACCUACCAACGCUCAAAUGGUUUCAAGAAAUUGGUGAAAACAAGUGAUGUGUUUUCAAUCUUUUGAUGUGUGAAGAUGUGCAUCACAUGUCAAUGUAAGGAGAAAUGGAAGGAUUUAUGGCAACAUCCAACAAUUUUGUUGCUUACUUGUACAACCUAUUUUUUAUUUGGUGAUAUUCGUUGCAAUAUACCUAUGUAUCACACAUACUACAAGGAGACAAAGUCUUAAUUAAUAAUUGGAACCUGUAACUCAUAUAUGUCCUUUGUUAAGGAUGCUUUUUUUGUUUUAUAGCUCAGACUGAAUUCUAUGAUCCUAUCCAAGCCCUGUUCACUGGCAUUGCCUGUUGAUUCCCUUCUCAGAACAGAAGAUCCACACUAAACAUAGCAUGUCCAUCAGAGGAGCAAAUGUUGUUUAUCACCGCAUCUCUUCACAUGUUGGCAAGCCUGAUAUCUAUGAAAGUACACCUUUGUGCUUGGUGGUAAACUUGUUUCUCAUUCACUUAUGUUCAGCAUUUCCUUGAUCAUUUUGUAAUAUUAUUUUUGUAUUUUUCUCUGCAUUAAGAUUGAUGCACAGUCUGGUACUUAGAAGAAAAUUUUGUCCAUGAUUUUCUGCUGGGUUGAUUUUGACAUUAAUUUAACAAUGAGUACUUAAAUUGUGAUAUUUCGAAGUGCAUGGGAGCUAUAUAGGUCCGCUAUUAUUCGGUUUGAGCUUUAUGGCAGAAAUUAGCUUCAUGUUUCUCUGAACAAACUAGGCACUAUACAAGGUGGUGGCGCCGUACCUGCUUGGUGCGGACAGGAGAAGAUGCAGGGGUUCCGCUUCUCGGCCUCGGCGACAUCAUCGUGCCCCUCCACCGCUGGUUUUGUUGCUCAGGCGGCACUACCGCUCUACUAUGGCAGGCCUGCUUGUUGCUCAGGUCUACAGAAAAAUCAAGGAUCAGUUCAAUGGGAGUUGGACUGACGAAAAGACUUGUUUGAACACAGAAGAAUCAAGGAUCAGUUCAUAAUAGAGCCGCCGUGAGUACCUUGUAGCCUCGCUACUUCGUUUGGUUCUGUUUGACGGAAUACUACUAUGCCUCUUUCCAUUUUGGUAUGAUGAUUAGAGCAGAUAGCGUUUUGCUGCUUAGCAUGGCAUGUUUGUUUGUCUCAAGUUGUAAUUUUUCUGACGAGUUUGUGAUUUUAGACCUUCCUCUUAUUAAAAGUACCUUAGAUUUUCUUGUAAAUAGACAGUCAAAGCUCAAAAAUUAGCUAUGGGUCAUACUAGCAUAUAGUAUUCUUAUUAAAAAUCUUUGCAUUUAAGUUUGAAAUAUUUAUGUUGCACAA